GUAAAAUGGAUGAUGUAUUGGAUCGUGUUUGCUUUCUUCACAUGCUUCGAGACACUGACGGACCUUUUCCUUAGCUUCUGGUUCCCCUUCUAUUAUGAGCUGAAGAUCCUGGUGGUGCUGUGGCUGCUGAGCCCGGCGACCCGGGGCUCAUCCAUCCUGUACCGUAAGUUCGUUCACCCUUGGCUCACCCGCCGGGAGGAUGACAUUGAUAACUGCAUCGCACAGGCCAAGCAGCAGGGCUACUCCACCGUCAUACAGCUCGGGACCAAGGGCGUCAACUACGCCACCACAGUCUUGAUGCAGACCGCUAUUAAGGCAAGUCACGGAAACCAGGCAAGUGACCGCCGCCCUGGGGACACCCACUCCCUGUGCGAAUGGUAGACUGUCUCUUUAUAGCAAAUAACUUCUCUCACACUUUCUCACUCCCUUUUCCCUUGCGGGCCUCCUAGACGGACGGAGAGGGGUUGGUAGAUCCUCUUGAAAGGUUAUGGAUUUUUAAAUAUAUACGUGUUUGUUUAGAUUUUUCUUAUAAGAUUGAUUUUAAAGUGAUAGGCCCAAGUAUUUCUACAUACUUAGGUUGAUAGACCUCCUAUGACCAUAUCCUUGUCAGAUGGUCUGCUAACUCCAGGUGUUUCUAAAAGACUCUCCAUAAGAAAAAAGAGACUUGAAUGUUUUUUGUUAAUUUUGCUUUGCUUUUUUGUUUAAAAUUUAGUAGAGUGUAAUGUAUUGGUUUUGUUAUUUAGUUUUUGAAACAAAGGGACAAAUCAGAUAUUGAUAAAGAUGUCAUAUGAUUAUAGCAGAGGCCAAACAGAGUAGGGAUUACCUAUACUUCAUAGCAUUUUUUGUCAAUAUUAAUUUUCAAUAUUAGCUGUUUCAAAUAAUUUGUUAUUUAGCUUCACAACUGAACACGAAUAUAGUAUUCAAUGAAUGACAUCACGUAUAGCUUUGCAUCAUUUUGCUCUCAGGUAAUGCAUAAUGAUCUUGCAUGUAUCAUUUAUCUUGUGGAUGUGUCAGUCAUGAUUUGUGAUUAGCCAGUGACCUUCCAGACAUUUUUUCUCUCCUUUUAUUUCUUGAAGUGGCAUCAUCAAACCUUGGGUAUGCACAGUGCAUGCCAUCACAUGUCACCUUUGCAAUAAACAGGAGGCAACAACCUCAAGUGAGGAGACUGCACUGGCAUCUUAGGUCUUCCAGUCAUCCUCAGCUUCUCCCCACAUCUGUAGCAGUGGUCCAGUGUCCUGUGUAUGCAUGGUGGGAGAGGGUUCACAGGGGUAUUACACAAACACAACAUGCAAACGUAUAUGGAGAUGCAUAUACAAAUAAAACUUUAUAUUUCUGUUUCCACCUCCUGCCCUCUUUGAAGCCAAUUUAAUGUUUACAACGUCUGGUCAUUCUUGGCCAAGAUAUUUGUCCUUGUUCCCUGAUUUGUCCUCAUUUAGAAAUAGAAUGCUUUAGCAACCUAGUGUUAUAGUUACAAUUGCAGAUUAUAUAUGGCAAUAGCUUACAAAUUUUUUAUCAUAUCUCCCUUCCUCCCUAUUCCUUUUCCUCUCCCUCUAUCCUUCUUUGCU